AUGGGCCGGCCCAGUCCGGUCCGCCUCCCUCUCUCGAUCUCCUCACGCUGCCUGCCACGCCGCCGCCACUCGCAGUGCUCCUCCCCACCGCCGCUGCCGCGCUCAUCCGCACCGCCGCCGCUGCGCUCUUUCUUUCUGUGGGCACCGGUAGUGGUGCUGGUCUCCGACCUCAGCGCCGCGGGCGCCGUCCUCCCCGGUGCCCAUCCAGAUCGGACGAGCCUCCCGUUCGACCUGUUCCCCCUCCGUGAAGCCUGCCGUCCGAGCGGAUGUAGCCUGCGCGCAGAGCACCACGGCCACUGGUACGAGCGGAUGCCGCCGGAGCCCGCCGCGGAAGGGGACGAGGCGACGUCUUCCUCCUCGUCGCCGGCGGUGGCGGCGCGGCGGCCCGAGGCCCCCUACCCCGGAGCCUACUCCCGUCGUCUCUGCUCUCUUCCCCGCCCCUGAGCAGCCACUCGUCGGCCCGAGUUGUGUCCUCCAUCGUUGUUCCUCAUCUGCAGAUUAGAGGUUGGUGGAGGUUAAUUGCAUAAGGGCAAGUUACUCUUUCAAAAUCUCCUACAAGCUAUUUUCUGUGAUCAGUAUAGACUGCUUCCUUACCCAUUUGUUUGG